AAUGUCUUUGCGAGAAUCGAACCUUGAACCGGAACAUCUUUAGCUGCUCAACUAAUACGAGAUGUGAAAAGAGAGUGCAGAUCACCUUUUGUCUUCUGUCUGGGAGGGCUCGCGCUCGUGGAGGAGCAAAUAUGUAUGGAAAAUAACGGUGCGUUCAAAGAUUUUAGUUCCCUCUGCUCAGGUGGGAUUGUCUUCGUUUUAGAUCUGUAUGUUUUGUUAUGCCUAGAAUUGCCAGAUUAAUUUAGAAAAUUGCAGACAUUAAAUCAGUAUAAAGAAAUCUAUAUACAAUCAUAACAAUGGCUUCGACAAUUAUGGAGUCUUUCUUUCAGAAGAGCCUGGAAGAUCUAGUAAAGGGUCUCCGAGUCCAAAUGAUUGGAGAAUCUCGGUAUUUGAGCAAAGCCUUAGAUGAAAUUCAUAAGGAAAUAAAAUCAACAGAUCACGAAACAAAGGCUGUUGCAUUGCAGAAACUCACAUACUUAAACAUGCUCCAAGGAUUUGAUAUGUCUUGGGCUGCUUUUCACGUUGUUGAAGUUAUGAGCAUGCCCAGAUUCUGUCAUAAAAAAAUAGGGUAUUUAGCAGCAUCCCAGAGCUUUAAGGAGGACACUGAGGUGCUAUUACUUAUAACCAAUCAGUUAAGAAAGGAUUUAACGAGCAUUAAUGAGUAUGAAGCAGGCCUUGCCCUUGAAUGCUUAUCAAGGAUUGCAACCCCUGAUCUUGCCAGAGAUUUAACCCCUGAAAUUUUUACGCUUCUCGGGAGCAGUAAGCACUAUGUUAAAAAGAAGGCCAAUUUAGUGCUUUUGAGGGUUUUUAGCAAGUACCCAGAUGCUGUUAGGGUUGCUUUUAAGAGAUUGGUGGAAAAUAUGGAAAGCUCAGAUCACCAUGUUUCUUGUACUGCAGUUAGUGUGCUUUGUGAAUUAACCAUGAAGGAGCCAAAAGCUUAUUUGCCCUUGGCACCUGAGUUUUAUAGGAUUUUGGUGGAUUCUACGAACAAUUGGAUGCUUAUUAAAGUUGUUAAGGUGUUUGGGGUCCUGGCACCUUUGGAGCCCAGGCUUGCAAAGAAGAUUGUAGAGCCUCUCUGUGAGCAUAUGCAUAAAACGGUGGCAAAAUCGCUUCUGUUUGAGUGUAUAAGGACUGUGAUUUUGGGCUUGACUGAUCACAGUGGGGCAGUCAAACUGGCAAUGGAGAAGCUGAAGGAUUUGAUGCAGGAAGAUGAUCCCAAUCUUAAAUAUCUUGGAUUGCAAGCCCUCGGUAGUCUUAUGCCUAGACACAUAUGGGCAGUGUCCGAGAAUAAGGAAGUAAUUGUAAAAGCUCUGAGUGAUGCAGAUCUUAGCAUCCAAUUGGCAUCUCUGCGCCUUGUUGUUGGGAUGAUAACUGAGAACAAUCUUGUGGAGACGAUAGGUGUCUUGACGCAUUAUGCUUUUAUAUCAGAUGGUGAAUUUUGUAAUGAGAUCCUAGGUGCUAUUCUUUCCACUUGCAGCAGGAACUUGUAUGAGUUGGUUGUUGAUUUUGGUUGGUAUGUUACGGUUCUAGGUGAUAUAGCAAGGAUUCCUCAUUGUAAACAUGGUAAUGAAGUGGAAAAACAACUUAUAGAUAUUGGGAUGAGGGUGAAGGAUGUCAGGGCAGAGCUUUUACAUGUAGCUCGCAAGCUACUUAUCGAUCCUGCUCUGCUUGAGUUUCCGUUCCUUCACAGAGUACUGUCUGCUGCUGCAUGGAUCGCUGGGGAAUAUGUUGAACACAAACAAGAUCCUUUCGAAAUUAUUGAAGCUCUACUACAGCCUCGAACAAAUCUUUUGCCACCAGCUGUGAGGUCUGUUUAUCUCCAGUCUGUACUCAAAGUCUUUGUUUUCUACUGCUACAAUCAUCUUAAGAGAAGCAAGGCUUUUGUCUCUGAGUCCUCUCUGAGAAACUCUGGGGUGCCACAGGAAGCUCAAUUUCUUUCUUCAGUGAUUGAGCCUUCGAUUGGAGCUGUAGAUGCAAAAUGUAACAAAACUUUGAAACCGGCAAUGUCUGGCUUAUCAAGCUUGAAGAGAGAAAUUGAGAUUGGGUGUGUGAAGCUAAACUUAGAGGCUUCAAGUGGUGGGCCUCAAAGAGGCAGACCAGCAAGCAAGGAAAUUGAAAUAAGGAGAAGCUUGGUAGAUGUUGGAGAUGAAGAAGAUUUCGAUCCAAGGUCAAGUGUAGCCCCAGCAGAUGUAUUUAUGGGUGCAGACAGUGAAAGUACCAUCUUAACAGAAGAUCAAGCAGGCAUACCCGAAAAUUCAGGAAAAGAGCAUGUUACACAAGCUGCCUUUGACCGUUUAGUUGAGCUCAUCAAACUAAAUGUCAGCCCUCUUUUAGAAAGUAGAGAUGUGGAAGUACAGGAGAGAGCACGUAAUUUACUUGGCCUUUUGAAAGCACUAGAAGAUAUUCUAGGAUGUUUGGUUGAAAAGCAAAAUUCUCUACAAAUUGAACAUAUAGUGGUAAGCCAAGGCAACAAGGCUAUUGAAAUUAUAGGAUGCAUGCAUGAUAUUUUUGCAGAAGAGCUUAAGCCAAUUUCAGUACAGGCUCAAGGAAGAGUACCGGUACCAGAUGGUAUUACUCUAAAGGAGAACCUUGAUGACUUGGUUAAAAUUCUUGGUGAUGAGCAGUUUAUAUUUGAUGAAGGAGGUGAGUCGUCUAUUCAUAAGCACAGAGAGUGGGAUGAUACUUCUCUGUUUAGUCAGUGCUCCAAGGGAGAGGCACCACCAAUUGGGGAGUCGACAUCAUUGUUGGCCCAACAUCGCCAGCGACAUGGUGCAUUCUAUCUACCUACAGGAAAAGUUGAAGCCAAAACUGAUGAUUAUCCACCACCUCACACAUUGCAGAAUGAUGUACCUCCCACAUCUUUGGAUGUCAGUAAAGAUAUUUUGAAGCUUGCUGAGCAGUCUUUUCUCUCCACAAAGCCACAGCAGACAAGGACAAAAGUACGACCUGUAGUGGUUAGAUUGGAGGAGGGAGAUGAUAUGCCAGUUUUAGCUAACAAGCAGGUGAAGGAUUUGAAAGAUGAUUUUAUUUCAAAUGCUAUCAAAGAUGUUCUUACCGGGGAUAAAAAUAAGCAUUUAGUAAGAUCUGAUAGCAGAGAUCAGGAAAAUCUUUUGAAAACAUCAUCUGUCGGACAUCGUCAUCGAUCAGGACGGCGGUCUGAAUCUUCAUCCAGAAGAGAGGACAACAAAGGGGUAAAAUUUAAUGAUAAUUUUGUUGAUGUUUCAAAGGGGAGUAUGGAUUGUGUGGAAGAACAGAAAACUGAGAGGCAGAGUACUAGCAGGCACAAACAUUCAAGGCAUGGUAAGAAAGCAUAUAAAGAUCCUGUUUCAGAUUCUGAGGAAAGGGAUGGACAUAAGGGAAGGCAUCAGAGACAUUCUAAAAAGGAAAAUAAUCCUCAUACUAAGCAUCGAAGUCGACAAAGAGCAGAGAGUCCUCUGCAAGUGGCUCCCCAAACAGCAAUCAUUCCAGAUUUCCUUUUGUAGCGUAUGCAUCUUUUGUUAUAUGUGUUUUCUUCAACAAACAAAGACAACAUUAGCCAGUGACCAUCCUUUCAAUCUCUGACAGUGGUUGUUGGAACUUGCUAUAUUGUUUUAUAGAUGAGUGCAGUGGAGAGCCAUUCUUUUCCAA